ACAAACCCAAAACAUUAUAAAACAUUUUUAUCAGGGCGCGUAACACUGUGAACAAACGAGUUCCACAGGUUUUCUGUAUUAUAUUAGACUAUUAGUAAGACAUACCAUAAUGUUAUUGUAUAUUUUGGCUUUGACACAUAACUGUAGUCCUACUCAGAAGGCAAACAUGCAGAAGGAGUUCAUGCCAUACUGGAACCUCAAUGUCACAGUGUUGAGAGCAAAAUUCAAUCAGUCACAUGACCUAUUGACGAAUUCUGACUGCUACGUUGUCUUAAAAAUACCCACGGCUUGCACCUGCUCUCAUCGCACCAAGACCAUCACAAACAACAAUGCACCAGAAUGGAAUGAAACCUUUCGAUUCAGAGUACACAGUGGUGUCAAGAACAUUCUGGAAUUCUACAUCUAUGAUGCUGACACCUUUACAAAAGAUGACUGCUGUUCUACCAUCCUGUUUGAUAUCAGUAACCUCACACUUGGACAAAAGAUGACAAAAUGCUUCAUUUCUGAUGAUGAUGAGAAAAAUAAUGAGUUGUGGGUGGAGUUUAAGGUGACACCAAGCCCUGAGAAUCCUGUGCAGUACCUCUCUAAUGGAGUGUUGAUGGCAGCUCCGUUGUGUGCACUGGAAGUGAAAGCAGAUAAUCUAAGGACUAAUGUAAACAACCUUCUAUUAAAACUGAGAGGUGCGUUUAAAGAAGACUGUGUGCUGUCAGAAUCUAUGUCCUACUACAUCAAUCGAGACCUGGAAACUGAAUUUAGUCUCAUGCCAUCACAGGAUGUAACAGAAGUAGAUGGUGUAUAUGUCAACCAGCUAAACCCGCUGUCCACUGUCCCUAUAAAACCUGUACCAACUAAAAAAAGAUCAAACUCUCUUUGCCUGUUGGAGAGCUCUAGUGAAGACAUGAAUGUACGCCUGGAUUUUGAUAUCCCAAAUGAAGAAAAGAAUUUUAAACACCAACAGUACAGUUCGAGGGACAGGCAAACUCGUAGUCUUAAUACAGGCAGGAAAUCAGGGCAGGCAGCAAUCACUCGUAAUAAUGGGGAAACAGAUCUAAGUCACAAACCAGAAUAUAAACAGACAGGAUAA